AUGUAUACACUGGACAGGGCUACACUACCAACCUUACAAGAGACACCUAAACUUAAGCCUUUUGGAAAGGCAACGACGCUUAGCACUUUGAAGUCAUUAAACAAGGAUGGAAAACCAAAGGAAAGUACAUCAACUAGCAAUGAAGAUGCACCUGCUCCGGCUGCUGAUGCUGCUGAUGCUGCUGCUGAUACUGCUGCUCCGGUUGCUCCAGUUCAAGUCAGUUUUAUGCCAAGUGUGGCAGCGGGAAAAUUUCUUAAACUCUGUCGACAGGAGUUGGCUGCUAAAGGUAAAGAGUUGCCUACAGCUCUUGUUAAGAAAGAUAUUACUAAAAUUACUGUCACUGAAGCAGCAGGAUUUUUAUGGAAAACCAAACGAAGGAAAUCUCAAGCUGGGGUAGCGGACAGAAGACAGAGUAAUGGCGUCAUCUGGGACUUCCUACGAGGAUCUCAGGCAGUUGAUCGGUGGGUGGCUCUGGAUAAAAAUGAGGAUAAUAGAGCAGUGGUUAGGACAGAGAUGAAACAGUUUAUUGAGAAGGAAAUGGUAAGGAAGAAAAGUUUGGCUCCGUCUUUGCUUAGCAGGGCCGGAAGUGGUGGGGAUGAAGCGCAUGGUAUCCUGGAAGGAAUCUCCUCCUUGCAUUCAUGGAUUAAAACUCAAACAAUGAUCCGACCAACGAAACUUGGAAAAAAGAGAGACUCAGUUUAUGACGAGGAAGAUGACGAGGAUGUUGUUAUUUCGCUUUGCUCCAAAGAUCCGCAGGCCAGUAAGAAUGUUGUAAGAUUUGAUCACACCUGUGGAGAAUUUAUGCCAAUCAAGCUAACAGAAUGGAUGAUUGAUCAUCUUGAGAUUGAGAGUAAAGUAAUUCACAAGGAUAGUGAGGAAGCAAAGAGACAGCGCCAAGAUUCUCAUAGUCCAGAUAACUCCUCUUCCAGGAAAGGAUCAAGAGGGCAGACAUUAAAGUCAGGAAAUAACAGCGAAGAAGAGGAUGUGACUAUUGAUAACGACGUUAAACUAAAAGAAAAGAAGAAGAAGAAGGACAAGAAAAGAAGAGAUUCUGGAGGCUCAGAGGGAUCAGACAAUGGAGAUGUGAAGUUAACAAACCAGUUUUCAUUCGUCGAGAGAGCUACACAAACUAUGAACAAUUCGUUAAAGAAUACUGAGAUGCAGACCGCCCCACCAGCACGUGGAAACUACUCUGAGACGGUGAACCAAUGGUUGAUCUAUGAUAACUAUGUCAUAUAUGAGACAGCUAAAGAACUGGCGGAAGAGAAGGAGAAUAAAAAGGAUCAAAAAGAGAACAAGAUUAAAAGACGCCGAAUGAUAGAGAAUACAAAGGAGAACCUAAACCAAGAAAUAAACAAGAGAAUGAUCCGAGCAGCAAGAAUACUUGAAAGAAUGGUUAAUCAAAAUACAUAUGAUGAUAUUGCACAAGAUUUCCGGUUUUACGAGGAUGCUUCGGAUGAGUUCAAGGAAGUUGAAGGAACCCUUCUCCCUCUCUGGAAGUUUGAAUAUGAGAAAGCAAAAAAGCUAGAGAUCACCUCUUUGUGCUGGAAUCCUGCCUACAGUGAUCUAUUUGUUGCUGGGAUGGGAUCAUAUAAUUUUUAUGAGCAGUCUGUUCCCGGCGUUAUCUGCGUAUUUUCUCUAAAGAAUCCUUCCUUCCCAGAAUAUCUGUGCCAGGCCCCUUCGGGAGUUAUGAGCGUUGAUAUUCAUCCUCAGCAUCCACACAUGAUUGUAGCUGGGCUACACGAUGGAAAUAUAGCUGUAUACAAUCUUCAAAAAAAUACUGGAAAUCCUUGCUAUACAUCAGAUGCAAGAAAUGGGAAACAUACCGAGGUUAUUUGGCAGGUGAAAUGGGGAAAAGAUAAUCUGGAUGGAUAUUUAAAUUUCUACUCAGUUUCUGGAGAUGGUCGAGUUUCCAACUGGACAAUAGUGAAGACAGCUCUAUGGUAUAAUGAUACACUUCUCAUCAACUUCUCUAAAACAUUACACAAUCUAGGAGAAGACUCUAUAACAACUCAACUCAUGGACAGUGGUCGAGCCAUAGCGUUCAAACCUGAUGAUGAGAACAGUUUUCUUGUUGGAACAGACGAAGGGAUUAUUUACCUCUGUANGAUAUCGGGAUUAGAAUUUCUGAACAGUUAUUCUGCGCAUAAUACUCCAGUUUACAAUAUACAAUGGAAUACCUUUAUUCCUAAUAUAUUCAUCAGCUGUGCUGCAGAGUGGAUUGUUAAAAUUUGGGACAAAAACUCAACGAAACCCUUGUUUAUGUUUGAUCUCAAUUCACAGGUUGGUGAUAUAGCUUGGGCACCAUAUUCUAGUACUGUAUUUGCUGCCGUUACACUAGAUGGCAGGGUACAUAUCUAUGAUCUGUUUAUAAACAAGUACAACCCCAUCUGUGUACAAGCAGUUGUACCAAAGAAAAGGGCCAGAUUAAAUCAUAUUGCAUUUAAUCAAUGCUAUCCGAUCAUAAUUGUUGGUGACAGUAGAGGUUAUGUCCAGUGUUUAAAACUGUCCCCUAACCUCCGACGGCAGAGUAAAGAAGUAAAGAUUGCUCUUCUAAACCGUGAUAUUAAGAAAGCUGGAGAAAUGGAAAUCAAGAAACUAGAUCAACUUCUUGGACAGGUUCGUGAACCUGAAGUUGAGAGUGAGGAAGAUGAAGACUAAAAACGUCAGAUGAAGAUGAAGAUGGAAAUAAAAAUUAUAAAAAUUAUUUACGAAGAAGUGUCCAUGAGUAAUAAAGUAAACAAUAGUUUGAUAAAAAAGUUUAUUAUUUAGACAAACUUUUCUUUCUAGAACAGUCUAUAGAUAAUGUAUUAAUAUUUAUGAGAAAUUAAGAGAAAACAUAAAGAUAUGGACAUAUUGUAAGUAUUGCCUGAAAAAGAAAAAAUUGGAACGAAUUAACUCCAAUCUAAAGCACAAAAAAUGUCAAAUUUUUGCGAAAUUGCUAGUACGACAUUGAGAGCAAUGACUGAUUCACAACAGGUCCCUUGAAACCUGUAUCUUAUAAAUUCCAUGGAAGAAAUUCUAAAUGAUCGUUAACACCUAUCCUUUGUUAACGAUUGUCAUGUU